AUGCGGCGGUCCGGCUCCGCGACCUCUGCGUGCGAACUUCCCGUCCCAGCCUACGCGCUUUUCGACCAGCAGCCACCCCAGACCUGGAAAGCACCCCUCCUCCCCCGCCUCCCCCCCCUCGAUAACGGCAGAAGGAGCGACAGAGACACCCACGCGAUGCAGCAGCAGGACUCGCAGUCCCGCCGGGCGCCGCCCGCGCAAGCCUCCAAGCCCAGCGGGACCUCUGAGAGAAGAGACAGCCCUAGAGCCGAAAGCGACGAGCAAGCUGUCAGCAGAAGCCACCCGCGAGCUGACUCUUCCGCCGCCAGUGGCGUCCUGUGCCAGGUGGAGGGGGGAGACUCCGCCCGCGGUUCCUCUCACCGGAAUGACGGCGAAAGGCCCCGCGACAGCCGCCCGCAGGGGCAAAGCAAAUCCCCGAGCGCGAACCCCGCGGGGAGUGCAGCUUCCCAAAAGCCUCGGGACGCGCGCUCGCGUCGACGCGCUGCGACGGCGGCUAUCGCGGCGAUCGAUCGCUUCUUCCGCGAAGGCGAGGAGGGCUCACACAAGAGGCUCCGCGGCCCCGACGGACGAUUCAUCAGGUGGUCGCCAGCAGGGCGGCCUGCGGGGGCCUCGGCCCCAGGGCCUGAAGCCCCUGCACGCAACAAGACGAGUCAAAACCGACGCGCGCGACCCGAGGGACAGAGCAGCUCCAAAGGCCACAGGGACGCCACUGACCAGCGGAGACACGCCCCAAGAGCCGCGACCGACACUCCUCGUCGCGCUCCGGCAAAGUCACACGCGGACGGCGGUGCUCAGCCGAGGCCAGUGCUGCCGAGUUCCAGCGCCGCCGCGGCGAGUCCAUGCACGACGCGGGAGACCUCCGGCGCGUCUGAAAUGGAGGAGAGGGAUGACAGCUCUCCAGGGUUCUCCUGCGCCGUGAACGCGCCGCGGGAGACACCAGGCAACAUGCCGCGGACACCGGCGCCGCCAAACCCGCAGGGCUGGUCAUCUCCUCGCGAGCAUGCUCCUGCCGCCGCACGUGAGGUGGCAGGCGCGUCGGCGCCUCGGCGAGACGCGAGAGGCCCAGACGCGGCGCGCGUCGUCGAUGCGGUCAACCAGGCGGUGAGUGCGAUCAGGGAGUUGGGCACGUGGCAGGGCGAGGCGCCGGCUUUGCGGCCUUCACCGGGCGGCUUCUGGGGCUGCCUGUGCAUAGGCUGGGGGACGCCGCCCCCGGGCAUGACGCCCAGCUACUUGCCGCAGCCCUCACAGACCCAGGCGGGGAUGCUGUGGAGCACAGGACAUGCGCCGCCGCCGGCUCCGCCUGUCGCGCCCGCUGCGCCAGCCGACGCGGCGGUCGCAGGACCUGCCUUUUGGCGCUCCAGUCUCGGCUCCGGGGGCCCUGACUUGACUCCCACUGCCACAGCGCCUGUGCCGCCGCACGCGGGAGAAAACGAAAAGGCCGCCGGAACAGGGAGUCCAGGCGGCGUGUCCCCCGCUGCGCGCCGCGCAUCAGGCGAGCCGCCCUGCUCCGGUCCAAGCCGACCUCAAGAAGAUACGGUUCGCGAGCUCGAGCAGUGGCUGCGACUCCUGCGCUCGCCCUUGUUGCCUGUGUUUGAGAGAUAA